CAUUUAAAGAAGAGGGAGAAGCAAAUGCUAAAGGUAAUUUCAAUAGACAUGGACGAGGGGAAUAUGAUAGUAUGUCAACACGUUCAUCCAGAUUCAAGGUGAAGGGUUCAAUUGACAAGUAUGGAAGACGCACAUUCCAAUAUUCCAAUUUGAGAAGAGGUGGAAAACGAAGGAGUUAUUCGAAAAGAUUUUCCGUUGACAAUUUCGAUAUCAAUGGUGAUGUAUAUUAUAAACGUAAAAGUAUGGGAUUAGGAUCAGACAGUGAAAGUGCUAAGCAUCUCAAAAUAAGACUCAAUUCUGAUAGUGAUUCUGAUAGUAGAAAUUCACUUGAAACUGAAAAUAGUAAAUCGAGAAGUAAACGUAGUGAUUCACAAACGGAAAAUACUACUCAUCGGAAUCGUUCUGUAUCUACAGUUGGUGAACGUGGAGGAUUUUAGAACAAACAUUGAUGCAGAAUAAUAUGAAUUCAUUAUAUUUCGUGGUUUCUCAUCAGCUGCUUACAACCAGAUAUGUAUUAGAAUUUUGCAUUGAGAUAAGAAAUAGUAUGGAACAAUUGAUAUAAGUGAAUGUAAAGAAUUGGACUGACAAAAGUUAUCAAUAAUAAUGAUGUAUAUAUGCA